AUGGACAUGGAAAGACAGAAGAGACAGGAAAGAUCAAAGUUGCCUGAAAAGAAGCGCCGUCGAUUGGAAUUGAAGCAGGAGAGAAUUGCCCAAAAAGGAGCCAAUGAAGCAGCUGAAGGAGAUACAUAUCAAUCAGAAGUUGGACUUUCUGACCAAGUCGACAUCCAGACUAUUCCUGAUGCAGUUCCAUCUGACCAAGUCGACAUCCAGACUAUUCCUGAUGCAGUUCCUAAACCAGGAUUCACCAAAGUCGACCACCUGAACAAAGUUCAAGAGAAUAGGGUCAUUAUCGACCUAGAAACUACAGGAUUGAUUCAGCGUGGACUAAUGCCUCAUAUCACACAGAUUCCUGCACAAGUUAUGAAUUCUGAUGCCGAGUUUUCAUGUUAUGUUUCACCUAAAGUACUCAUCAAUAAAAAUGCUGAGCAGAUAACUGGUAUAUCCUGGGAUGGUGAACACAUGACUGUACAUGGAAAGCAAGUGGCAACUGUAUCAAUAACAGAAGCAUUUUCAAAAUUUUUAAAGUUUUUUGAAGAACAUUAG